AAUGCUUAAAUUCGUUGGAUAGGAUUGGGUAAAAUGAGAAUGCGAUGCCUGUGUAUACAUACAAAUAUCGACAGUCGAACCUUUGACCCUCUAAAUCUUAGAUGUAUAUGUUUAUUUGACAAUAAUUUAGACGUACCCCAAUGCUAGGCGUUCUUAACUCUUUGUUUGCUUGUUUUUUUUAAAUGUAAUUUUCAUUAUACCUAGCCCAGCGUCAAUUAUUAUAACAUCGUUUAUUUGAAAAAGUUAUUACAGAAAUUCUUGAAUCUUCUGCACCACAAUGGAAAGGAAUUCUGAUGCCAGCUCGUCUCUAAGGACCCUGAAAACCAUGAUGGCUAUGCAUGGAGAAUCUCCCAAGGAAGCUCAUUUUUGUACUUUAGACAAUUUGAGCGAGGCUCUUUCUACCCUUUCAGAGGAACUCGAGUCGUUUGGUCUCCUUCCAACUGUGUUGAGCAUCGACGAUUCUCAGUCCAUGGAAUCAUUAAAGUCUACUUGCGUCAAACUCAUAAACGCAUCAUGGGGCUUAGUUCAUAAACAUAGGAUGCUUAUCAGGGUGAAUGACCAAGCCAGUGAUGUGCAACACAGAACAGCGAGUGAUAAUUCUAGUCUCAUUAAUCACGUUAAGCGUCUGAAAGAGGAUUUGGAAAAGAAGCUGCAUCUUUUAAGUGAAUCUCAGGAAAGGGAAAGACGGCUGAAAGUUAAAUGUGAAUCCUUGUCUCGUGAAUUCAAACACGAGAAGGACGAGGUAGUGAAAAUGAGGAAACAGUUGCAGUCCAAGGAUAUUCAGCAUGCCCAUGAAGUGAAACGCUUACAACAAAGUGGCCACAAACUGCGAGAUCAGCUGCAGAAAUCCGUUGGAAUGUAUGUCCCGAGGGACAAAGCAUCUCAAAAUAUGAAAGAAGAACACGAGCGUCAGUUGAAUAUGUACAAGCAGACGAUUUGCCGUUUACAAGAAAACAACAGCCAACUUUUGUUGGAAAAUAAUGAUUUGAGAGAUGCGUUGAGCCUCCACUCCGAAGCAAUCAAUCUACAAGCUGAGGCGUCAGGAAUUUGGAACGAUGCAGACAUCUAGAGCUUCAUCGUGUGACGCUAUCACCUAACCUUCGAAGAAGUCAACUGCAGUCUCUUGCUGGUCUACGUCAAUCUGGACAAAGAUAUGGUAUAAUGUCUACAUUUACUUUACAUCUCCUGUAGUUUGUAAUUUACGUUAAUUUGUGUUAGGUUUCUUUUUUAACGUUUGAUUAUCCUUUUUUCAUUUAAGUUUGCUUUAAUCGCUAUUUUUGUAUUUAAUUUGAACUCUUGGAAUCUUUUUUCCACGACGUGAACUCGAAACUUUAAACUUCGUAGCAUUAUUAUUAGUAAACACGGUCAGCAUCCUUAUCUCGACCACUGCUUCAAUUCUGUGGACCAAAUUCAACGGGGAGAUAAGGAAAUUAAUUUAAAAAUUAAACGUACAAGCUCUAUCGUCGGCGUAAAAAUAUUUUUCUUUACACCUAUUCAUCGCCUUUACUUAAUCAUAACUAAGAGUUUUUUCGUAGAAUUGCAAUUUUAGUUCCUAUGUACUUAUAAUAAAUAGUCUGAUAACAUUGACGUCCAUAUCAGCUAGUCAGUUGCUUGUACGUAAAUCAAUUAUCUUGAAUCAGGUGGAUAUUCGGUAAUAUAAUUGAUAGUAAAAUUAUUAUACAUUUGCGUAUCGUAUAAUCAUGUUUAUUUAUUGAGAAUUAUAGUUUUUCCAGCUUUUUACGAGCUGAAAGUUUUUUUACCCUCGGUGAUACCGCGAACCGCAAAAGUGUCACACCUCUGAUUAAAGAUAAUUAUUUUUUUCUUUUUUUGUCGACUUUUUUUUGUCGAUUAUAGAACAGACUGUAAACUAUUUAUCUCUUUCGAAAUAAUAUUUAUACAAUUAAGUAUCGUAGGCCAAUCAGACUAUUAUGCUACUAAAUUAUAAAUCUUUUGUUACCGUUCGCAGAAUGUUCAAUCUAAGUCACAUUUAGAAAAGAACCAAAUGACAGUUUUAAAUACGAUAGAUCAAUUUUGAUCAGGCUUGUUACUUAUUUGUAUGCACAUAUAAUAUUGUUAAUAUACUCUUUAAUUAAUGUUGUACUUAUGACAGACGCACCAAAUAUAUA